GUCCUGAACACCUAAUUACGUUAAAAUCGAACUGUGCAGUUUCUUCCGUGGCAUCAAGAUGAGAAAUGUUUUAAUCAGUUCGACGGAUUUUGAACUUUUCGAUUCCGACAUGACAGCACAGGACUAUGAGUUUUUCCAGAAGCACAAAGGAGCGUUCAAAAGUUUGUUGGAAGACCAGGUAUGGAUGGAGUGAUAAGUGAAUACAUGGGCUAUUGCAUUUUAGAUGUUUGUACUCCCCCCUGGGUUGAGAAGGCUUUUUCAAAAUGUUCCCCCACUCCCCGGGUUUAGGAGGCUAUCACAUAAAAUAAAAUUUUAACGCAUCCCGAGUCGAGGGACAGUGGAAUUCUUCAGCUGGGGUAGCUUAUGGAAUUCAUUAGUGGUGAAUACAUUUUAAGAAGAAAAGUUUGAAAGUCCUCUGUUGGGAAGGGGGAGCAUGUUAACACAGUAACCCCAAUCAAAAUAUGCCAAGUUUAUGUAAAACACAGAAGUUGGAAAUGCCGCUAAUUUAGGUCUUAGGCUCUUAGGUUCCUAGGAUCUGAUUGAUAUUUAUAUUCAAAGGAAUAGGAAGUGAAAAUGAAGCUUUCCUUGCAUAUUUAGGACUCAGAUAGCCUGUUAGGUUGCCGGUUAGGUUUUAUUUUUGCUUUUUUUUUUUUAUUAUUGUAAAACAGUCUCAAGAGCAAAAGCAGAAGUUUGUGGAUGCUUUUCAAGAAUUCUCAGUGAAUCAUGGCUGUAUUAAAAACUUCCCAGUUAAGGUACAUGUAAGAAGGUAUUAUUUUUGUCAUUGUUUUCUCUUCUUUGUUUAAAUUUUGUUCAUUUGGACAAAAGAGUGUGACAUCACUUAACCUUAUAAUUGAGCUGUGAGGUGUUAUCAUUUUUUCACAGAAUGACAAUAUACUUGCCCUUGUUGAUAAAGCUAUACAAUAUUUGAAUGAAAGUUUUGUUAAUGGUAAGAUUUAAAAAUAAUUAUGAUGUAUUAAAUAUUACGUCUUAGAGAUGCAUCAGAGAAAGUAAACAUAUUAAAGCAAAUCCAUUCAUAGCCUGUACACAGACGUUGUUAUAUUUUUCUUGUUGUUCUUUUUGAAAACAUUGGUGAGCACGGUGCGUGAGAAAGAAAAAUAUAGAAUGCCUGUAGACAUCUUUGGGAAAAAAGAGGUUUAUUAAGUCCCUCCCCCAUGUCAAUGCCUCAUCAUUAUCACCUCUGCUUUCACACCAAUUAAAUUUGACCAAUGAUAUUAGGGAUAUAAAUUGCAGCUUGUGUUUGUUAAAGGCAUGUCUUGUUAGACUGCUUCAACAUCGAAAAGGCUGGCUAAAAAAGGGGCAAAGCCAAAACAAAUCAGCCCAUCAGAUUAUUGUAGGAUAUGUGGGUGCUCCUCAUAUGUCAAUAGUACUGAGCAAUCUUCCUGUUCCCGUAAAGCUACAGAGAAUCUUUUUAUUGAGACUUUGUGAAGGAAGUUUAAAGAGAUCUCGGUUUUACCAUUUUGCAAACGGAAGAUCAGUCACGUAGUAAUAAGGUUAGAAGCACCUGGGCUAAAUUUUCUAUUAUUCAAACCAACUUUCAACAAAGCAAGCACGACAAUGAUAGCUUUCGGUUUAAAAGAAUGUCCACAUCACCUCAUGGUUCUGUGAAAGGUAACGCAGUGGCUGAAACGCCAGCUUCUCUCAUUGCCUUUACUUGAUCAUAUUUUGAUAAUACUUUGUAAUAGCGAUGCAACUAAUACCCCACAUUCUUCUCUCUUUGUUUGAGUUUCACUGCUGCGAACAACAGGUAAAAACCAGCAUUAAACCCAAAACAGCUUGAGGCUGUUCUUCUUUGAGCACAUAUUUGCUUGAAAACUGUGCCAAACAGUUGUCAAGCAUGCUUUCCAUAGUCUACAGCUCAAAACAAAAGAUAUGGUCAACAUGGUCAACACAAGAUUGUAGUAUAUUGAUUCCCAAGUUCACAAUUGAUGUUAUUUUUUAAUGCAAAUUACAAUGUAAGUGUUGUGGUUAGCACAUCCCACAAUGACAAACACUUCUACUCACAUGGGGCAAGCGUGAUGAGUCAUUGACAUGAUGAUGACAGGAUAAUCACCGUUCAGCCAAUAAUAAUUUUCCUGGGAAAAGCAAGUUUCAUUUGCUUUCAAAGAUGUCUACAGAUAGUCCUCUCUAAGAUUGACAAAGGACAGUUUUGAAACCAUCAAUGGACAAUUUGGAACUGCAAAUAUGUUGUGAAAAAUACCUCAAAACAGAAAAUGUAGGUGCUGUACAUGACAGUAAAUUGCAAAAUGUUUGACAUUUUGUAGUCUUGCUUGCUAAGCCAAACACCUCUUAAAGACAGACAAUCAGGACUGAUGUGUGUCCGUCUUAGAGAGAGUUGACUAUAUGUGUAAAAAAAGAUUAGCAUUUGAAAAGCAGUUAGGGAUUCUAUCAAAACUAGGUUACCUAAAGCCAAGUGCUUUCACUCAAGGCCAAGAUACUCAGUACGCAUCUGUAAAAAAUAUAUAGUGUAUUAGGUAACUGUUUACAAUUGAUUCAUUAUUUAUUUGAACUUGCUAUUUUGUCAUGAUGUGUUAUAUCAUGUAGGAAGGUUUAGUAAAGCCAAGUGUUUGGUAACAGAUGCAGUCUGUCUGGCACAGAGUAGACCCUCUAUGCAGUACAUUGGUUCAUCCAAUCAUGGUAUGUGCACAGAAUAGUCAAUUUAUUACUGCAUGACACUGGCUACUGCCUUAUUUUAAUAUUCAAAUAUUUGCAGUCAAAAAGCAAAUCUUAAAAAAUAGCAACAACAACAACACCUCAGACAAAGGUGUACAGGCAAUUUUUUGCCAAGGGGGGCAGUAAACCAUUUACCCAAAAAAUCUUUCAAGUUGCCCAAAUUUUUACGAAACAGUUGAAAAGAAAUGAGGGUCAUACUAUGCACUAACAUUAUACAUAGGCCCACAUAUGAAGUGAAAAUAUUCUUUCAUAUGAAUUUAUCACAUGAGCUCAUAAAACAUGUUAAAGAAAAUAGUUGCCUUUGCCAUUUUGACAGCCAAAGAUAUCUGUGAUAAUAUCCAUGUCAUUGUUGACAUAGAGUUGGCAUAAAUGCCCAAGGUUAAAUUAUGUCUGUGACACAGGCUAUAAUGGUAGUGUGAUUCCGGUGACAGCUGCGUUUGUUUUUUGGCGUGUUGACCUACAAGGGCUUGAAGGUGGUGCAAUGGCAUUUUUUUGAGUGCCCUGGCUUCUCGUAAUUCAAACUGAGAAUUGGUCAGCCACUUCUUUAUUUUCAGACCCAUUGCUGAUGCUAUCUGCCACAUACUGUUCAAACUAUUUUCACUCCAACACUAGCAUAGGGCCUGAAUGGUCAUGUCGGCAUUUCUAUUAGCAGAGAUGAUUCUGUGACUAGGAAUACCCCACACCAGCUAGUGCGAGCAGUACAGUGCCCAACAAUGAGAAACUACAAAUAUGUAAAUCAACAUGUCCCUUCACUAAUAACCAGAAACUAAUCAUGCACUAGGCAACCACUGUCUUGUGCACGAAUUUGACUCGAAUAACCGUGCCAACUUCAGGAUAAAAUAGAAAACUUGUAAAAUGCAUCCACUGUCAAAAUUCAUGGCCAAAUGUAUUUUGACGCCUAAAGUGAUGGCCACAACAACUGCACCAAGUUUGUUUUGAUCGACGUGGUAUUAGGUUCUUUGGGGAAGUUUACCUACUUACUUACUCACUCACUCACUUACUUAUGACACAAUUAAUAGCUACACUUUUCCUAAAGAGGGAAAGUAGGCACAAAAGUUUUAAUUUUUUACCCUUUUACUUUCUCUCCUUAGUUCCAUGCAAUGAAUUUUUUUUUUUCAAUAUUUGUAAGUAAAUAUCUCAAACACAAACCUGUUAUUUUUGCAGCUAAAAAUCCAUUUAUACACAAGGAUUCUAGGUAAGUUAAUUUCACAAUUUUUAGAAAGAACAUUACCAAGGGAUUUGGGUAACUUUUUGCCCUUAAUGUAUUGUCUUUGUGAAAAUAGACUUGCUAAAGAAGUAAACUGUUUGUUUAUGAAAGGUUUAUUCACAUUUUAACUAGUGCUGUUCAUAUUUUUUCCAUCAGUCUUGUUGAAUUUGUUUUCAGAGAUGUGUUUCGACGUCUAUUUGGAGAACCAAUAGAAAAUGAAACCUGCUUGAAGGUAGAUAUUCUUUAUAUUUAGUUUAAGUGUCUUAUGUCUUACAAGUGGGUCAAAGUCUUUUUACAAACCUCAGCGUCCACAAGGGCGACACUUGUUAGGCUUAAUGCUUUUUGUUCAGCUAUAGUAUUGCUCUAAGAGCAAUCCCCCACCCACAUUCACUCACAUAUGUCAAUUUUAAAGUUACUCCUCAACUUUCCCUGCUAAAUUUAUUUAUUGACCACUUGUCCUUGCAGCUUCAAUUUAUAAUAUGGAGAAUUAGUGUAGUUGUUCGCUCCUUGCAGUUUCAGUAUUCAGACUUACAAUUCAUAAAAAGCUAUGCCAUUAGACUGUCAUUCCCAAGGCAAAAUACCCUUCAUCAAACUGUUAAGUAUUAGUGUUGAGAAAAAAUUAGUCAAAAUUGCAUUUAAUUUCUAGGUGAUGUGUGUAUUACCCCUGUAUAUUAAGUUUGGUGGCUCCAUUUGUCGCUAUUUGAAGCGCUGGUUAGAAGCUGGAAAACUGGAUGAGCUUGGUGUUACUUCCUUAACAGCAAUACCCUUAUCAGCUCUUCUUAAAUCAAAAUCCACAUCAAACACCGGAACAGACCAGGGCUCAGCAAAUACUCCUCAGUCUUCAGUAAGGGUGCUAACAAGCGAGGUAUCCUCAUCUAGCAACACAAUGGUUGCUGUAGCAACUGUUGGUGGAAGAAAUAGUGGGUCCUUGAACAAAGCAAAUAGUUCAGAUGAGGAUAAUGAUGAUGUUGAUGAUGAUGAUGAUGACGACAAUUGGCAUACCAAAGUUAUAAGAGGAAUACAAUCUGUGUUGACUGACAGAGCAGGGCCAUCUCCUAUUGAGUACAUGGAAGUUUAUAAGCGAGAUAAAGAUGGUUCUUAUAGGAGACUAAGGGAAGACUUUCAUUUGGGAAAACCACACCCCAAUCAGGAGUUUGAAGAACGUUGCAGGAAGAAGGAAGAGGAACGGAUUGAAGGAAGCCGUCUCCAUGAAGUGAUAAUGAAGGAUUAUUCUGAGAGUCAGAUUCAGAUCAAGCGACACCAAUGUGCAAACUGUAAAAAAGUUGAGAAAGAACGAGGAAUGUACAAGAAAUGUGGGAGGUAAGAUGGAUGUAAUUAUUGUUGAGAAAAGUUAUAUGGCUAUCAGCUCCAUUUUGGCCUGCAUAACUGGCAAUCUUUGUUUGGUGAAUGCACAAAUGAGCAUUGAGGCAAUUAAAGCACACUGGAAGGUCGUUCUCCCCUCUGUUACCUCUCUCUAACAAAACCGCCGGUUACACAGGCACACCAGGCUUGCACUGUUAAAUAAAAUGUAAAAUGUUAGCCAUUUGUUUAUGGUGGAAGUGCACUUUGCUGUCUGGCUAGUUUACAGGGACUCCACUUAUGAUGACAAACAAAUAACACAAGUACACUGUAUAUCAUAAAGGUUUUAAAAGCACAACCGGCAGAAUAUAACUAGUUGGCUGUUUACAAGAAUAACCAAGGAUUGGAUCCAUGACCACCAGAACUUGAAUGCUUUGCAUGUGCAUCACACUUUUUCAUUUAUUUCUUCUAUGCCACUGUACAACUAUGUACAAUGUAUGAAACUUCACAAAGAACAUAACAAUGAAUUGUCCUUUCUCUUUUGAACUUGGAUACAGUUCUCAAAGAUUCAACUCCAAAAAAAAAUUAGCCUGCAUUUGACAACAUUGACCAAGGCUAGAUAGAAGGCGAAUUCCCUUUUUAGUGACACUUUCAAUAGCUGUCACCAUCAUUGUGGUUUCAUAUUAGAGCACCCUUUUGUUAACAGGAUGGGAGGAGAUGGUGAAGACCUCUUCCUUGCAUUUCCUCUCCAGAAAAUGUUGUGUAUCUUAGGAUUUUUCUAAAGAACAGACAGAUUGUCUGGCGAAGGAGUUUAAUUCUGAUGAUUCUUGUCCCUAACAGGUGCAAAGGAAAAGGCACAAAAUUUUACUGCAGUCGAAAAUGCCAAGGUAAGUAGCAUUUGCAGUCAUUACUGCUUUUCCUGUCAUUUUAAUAUUAACAGCAAAUAGUGGCUUGCUUGAUUAACUGACUGGUUGAUUGAUUGAUUGAUUGACUGAUUAACUGGUUGAUUGAUUGUUUGAUUGAUUGACUGGUUGAUUGUUUAAAUGAUUGAUUGACUGAUUGUUUAAAUGAUUGAGAGUGUGUGCAUGUGUGAGUGAUUAUUGAUUGAUUGAUUGCAGAAGAAGACUGGGUCUCUAGACAUAGGGAGGACCACUCUGUGGAGCUACCAUCGUAAAUGCCGAUCAUACUGAUUGCAGCUUUUAUACAUUAGUACACUGCCUUUGACAAAGCCUGUAUACAGCUGCCUUCUACCCUCCCCUCCCCUCCCUUGUUGUGGGGAGGGGGCAGCUGUACCCAGGCUACCUUUAACACUGCUCAUGGAAAAAACAUCUCAUAAAAUUCACCAUGUUAUAUACUUCAAAUUUUAAUCCAGAAACCAAAUCCCACCACUAUUUGUCACAAAUUAAGACAGCAUUAAUAGCCAUGACACAUUUAUGGCUAUGUAAAUUAGUUAGGUCCUUAAAAUAUGUAAAUGUCAGUUCGUGUUACUGUAUAGUUGUCUCCCAUGACUAAAUUAUUGUAAUAUUAAGUUUUGCCAAAAAGUGUUGGAAAGUACAUUAAUUUUUUAAAGGUAUAAGAUCCAUUAUAAACACUGUAGAAAACGAUGUAAAAUAGUGUACA